GCUGACCGUAAUACCUAACCAGACCUACUGAGAACAAUAUGGAUUUUGAUAAAGAGCUUGAUAAAUCCUUGAAAGUUCAAACUUCGGGGAACAUUCCGGUAAUAGGGAGCUUUGAGGAGAUGAGUUUGAAGGAAUCUCUUCUAAAAGGAAUUUAUGCAUAUGGCUUCGAGGCGCCGUCUGCAAUCCAGUCUAGAGCAAUCACCCAAGUUAUUGAAGGAAGAGACGUUAUUGCUCAAGCACAAUCAGGAACAGGGAAGACUGCCACUUUCACAAUCGGGAUGCUUCAGGUCGUAGAUACUAGUAAAUUCGAGACCCAAGCAUUGGUUUUAUCAACUACGCGGGAACUGGCAGCUCAAAUUAGAAGUGUCAUCAGCGCUUUGGGUGAUUAUAUGAAAAUUCGAUGCCACGCGUGCGUCGGCGGGAAGAGUAUAGGAGAAGAUAUGAGGGCACUCUCAAGAGGACAGCAUAUAGUAAGUGGCACCCCCGGGCGUGUUUUAGACAUGAUCAAGCGCCGCACGCUUAGCAUAAGAAAUGUAAAAAUGCUUGUUUUGGAUGAAGCCGACGAACUGCUUGGCAAGGGAUUUCAAGAUCAAAUCAGUGAAAUCUAUCAAUAUUUACCUCCAUCGACGCAAGUGGUGGUCGUAUCAGCAACGUUACCAAAAGCUGUACUCUCACUCACCAAUAAAUUCAUGUCGGAUCCAGUCAAAAUAUUAGUCAAGAGAGACGAACUAACUUUGGAAGGAAUCAAUCAAUAUUAUAUUCAGGUCGAGAAAGAAGAAUGGAAAUUUGAUACGUUGUGUGAUUUAUAUGACUCAUUAACGAUUACUCAAGCUGUCAUAUUUUGCAAUACCAAGAAGAAGGUUGACUGGUUGAGCGAAUCACUUCGAAAAGCAAACUUUACUGUUUCAUCAAUGCAUGGCGAUAUGCAACAAGUCGAGAGGGAUCGCGUGAUGGAUGAAUUUCGACUUGGUAAUUCUAGAGUUCUCAUAUCGACAGACAUUUGGGCGAGAGGAAUUGAUGUGCAACAGGUCUCGUUGGUCAUCAAUUACGACCUGCCUUAUGAUAAAGAAAACUAUGUCCAUCGUAUCGGGCGCUCUGGUCGCUUUGGAAGAAAGGGCGUAGCGAUAAACUUUGUCACGAGGAACGAAUUAGGCGAUUUGGCUGAAAUUGAAGACUUUUUCAGCAUCAAGAUCGAUGAAAUGCCAUCGGAUUUGAGUGAUGUGUUAUGAGUUCAAGCCCAUUUUGGAGCACUCCGAAAGCAUUUGAGAUCUCUGCACAAAUAUUUCAACCAGUUGAGUUACAUAUCCUAGGUCGUCACUAGGUAUCAAAUCCUCUCCAUUCUCUAAAUGUACUUCAGAUUCGCUACCUUCUAAUAAGAAGCUAGUGAUUACAUCUGGUUGGUAAUCUGGCUGUGCAUUUCCAUGGUCAUGAAAAAACCAAUUGGUCCUGUGUAUAUUACUCACUUGCCAUCUACUUGAAAGACUCUGGCAGGUGUUGGCUGAAGGAUCCACGACAAUAGGGACUUCUGACGGAUCAUCAAGGUUCAGUGUUGCACUUUCUGUAACGAAUUUAUAAGGUAGGGGUUUCGGAUUGCGUUGUGAGAAAGCCAAAUGGGUUUUCGUUAACUCUUCUACCUCAUACAAAGUGCUAGAUCUGGGCAGCUUGACUUCAGAAACUAGUGAGUUAUCUCUCAUCAAAAAGUGGUAUUUAGAUUUUAAUUGUGACAUGAUUUAGG